AUGUGGAGAGCUGCCAAGAACAUUAUGCCCACCAAACACAAUCUGUUGAAGAAAGGUAUCAAUUUAGAUUUUAUAUGCUCUUUCUGUAAUAGGGAUGUUGAGAUUGUUAAACACCUGUUCUUGGAUUGUGCUUUUGCUAUGACUACUCUUUUGUCAUCUGUUUUGUGCUAUAGAACCCCUUCAGACCUGCAUUUUAAUGAUUGGCUGUUAAGUAUUUUAUCCUGUGGUGAUGUUAUGAGUUCCCAAAUUAUCUACAACACUGUCUACAAGAUUUGGCUGGGGAGAAAUCAAAAAUUGUAUCAAGCUAAGGACUCUUCCCCAAUUAAGGUAGCAGAGGAGGCUUCAAAGAGUGUCAUGGAUUUCAACAAAUGGAAUUUUGUCAAGAAGGGGGAACAAAGGCUUAGGUUAGCUUCUGACACAAGCAACUUGGAUGUUCAUUUCAUACAUGUAGAUGCUAGCUUCUCUGAUGAAGGAUUCCUCACCAUGGGGUGCAUCAUCAGAGAUCACAACCAGGUUUUAUCUUUAGCUGCGUGCAGAAGAGAAAAUGUGCAAGUGGAGGUUCUUGUGGGAGAAGCUAUGGCAAUGAGGUGGGGUUUAUCUCUGGCCAAAGACCUUAAUCUGGAAAAAAUUAUGAUCAAAUCAGAUGCAAAGGUGGUGGUGGAUUGUGUUAAUGGCUUUUCCAAGCUAGUUGCCCUGGACUCUGUGAUUGUGGACAUUUAG